GAUGACAGCAGAAAUGAGUGACGACAUUAUCGUAGAUCUCUGAUGUUCUGUUGAAAUAAAUGUCACUUUCGCAGGUGCUGUUUGUGUAAAUUAGACUUCAGAUCUUUAAACUUCACAAGCUGUGACGUCACACUUGAGAUAAUAUUCUACUUACAGGAUAACUAGACUUACAAUACUGUAUAAACGAAUACAUAAACGUUUAUUUUUCUGUAUUGAACCGCUGUAUUUAAGCGUCGCAACAACCAUGCCAAUGUUUACUCAUAAAACAACCUAAAAUAAACCAUUUUUUUUUUUUACUUUCUGAACUUUAUUUUGAUAGGUAUAACCCGGAUCUAAACGGUCACGUGACCACGUGUUUCCAGUCCAGGUUGGGGUUGGAGUAUUUUUAUUAGCUCUUUAGAAACAGAUCUUUCUGUAUUGUUGAUUAUUUAAUAAUAAUAGAGUUUAUAUAGUGUUUAAGUGCAGGUCAUGUCCCAGUGUGUAGUUCUACAGACUCGAUUAGCCUCCGUGCUACAGGCUUUAAUUCACACCGUAGUUGCGGAAAUGUGCAAACUGCUCCGAGAAAGAUCCGAAUUCAUCCUGAACCUGCGGCUUCCUCAGGAACUGGGCGAGAAACAGAAGCUGAAGAAAGUGGUUCAGACGGAAACUGAGCAGAAAAUGAAACAGUUUGCAUUAGUUAUGGAAGUUUUAGGGAACGAGGCUUUGGGUAAAAUCAUCAGACUUGUAGAGGACAAGAAAUUCCUGCUGGACCUGGAGUGCAAAACAUUCUCAGGGAAAAGAGCAAAGCGGCCAGGAAGCAUCCUGAACAUUCUCUCAGCUGAAGGACCGGAAGAGGAACAUUCCUAUGACGGCUGUGGUAGAAGCUCUGAGAGACAAGGAAGACUUGGGGCUGCAGAACCGGUGGAACCUCAGCGUCCUGAAUCUCCUCUUACACUCGCUGUGACGAUUAAAGACGAACUCGGGAACAUUAACCUGAACUCCAUUAUCUCAGACGUGUCGUCUGAGGAAGUGAGAACUGAAGCAGAGCUCGGAGAAGAUCAUCAGGGAUCCUGUAGCUUUGGUGAACAUUCGUUUGUUUGUAGUGUGUGUGGUAGAACGUUUCUGUCCAGGAGCGGCCUCAGGUCACACCAGCAGGUUCAUAGUGGAGAGAAACCGUUCAGCUGCGUGCUCUGUGAAAAAAACUUCUCUCACAAGCAGAGCUUGGUAGAUCACCAACGCGUUCACACCGCAGAAAAAUCAUUUCGAUGCGAAGAGUGCGGUAAAUGCUUCGGGAAGGCGGCACACCUUAGGACGCAUGCGGCCGUGCACAGCGGUGAGAAGCCCUUCGUCUGUGACGUUUGUGGCAAGAAGUUCAGCAUUUCGCAAAACCUGACCCGGCACCAGCACACUCACACGGGUCAGAAGAACUUCCCUUGUGCCGUCUGUGGCAAGAGCUUCACCCGAGCGAAGACGCUGAUCACGCACCAGCUCAUCCACACCGGCCAGAAGCCGCACUCUUGCAUGGAAUGUGGACGAGCCUUUAGACACCUGGUGAACCUGCGCAACCACGAGCGCAUUCACACGGAUCUGCGGCCAUACUCCUGCGACCUGUGCGGGAAGACGUUCCGCCACACGGUGAACCUCAAGAUCCAUAAGCGCAUUCAUACCGGCGAGAAGCCGUUCACCUGCAAAGAGUGCGGAAAGAGCUUCAGCCAGCAGAGCAGCCUGGUCUCUCACAGCCGCACGCAUUCAGACCUGAAACCGUACGGCUGUAGCUACUGCACCAAGCGCUUCAACAACACCAACAGCCUGAAGCUGCAUGAACGCACACACACGGGCGAGAAACCAUACAGCUGUGAAGUUUGUGGGAAAUGCUUCAGUCAGGGUAGUCACCUGCGCACACACAAGCGCCACAUCCACGGGGGGGGCAAACAGUACAUAUGUGACAAGUGUGGAAAACGCUACUCCGAUCCACGCAAUCUCAAAAUGCACAAGUGUGUGUACGCGUCAAUGUAGUCGCCGCUUCUGCUUUAAAUAUAACGACGUUUACAAAAGAAAAAAAGCUGGUCACUUUAUUUCACCUUAUUUCAACUUUAUUGCUUCUGGGAUCCUUCUCAAGACUCGAACGUGUUGGAAUUCUCCAAUAAACACGAUACAGCUCAACUAAUAAAAACUUUUCUGACCCUACA